CUUUAAGGGGUUGGUCCUGCCGCGGUUUCCUUUUGGAUCGCCGCCGCCCCGCCCUGCGGCUCUGCAAUCCACUUCGCUAAAGUUGCUGCAAGAGGCUCAGUUGGUUUUUGCCCGCCGCGGAGGGAAGUUUCAACUUUUCGGCGGUGGCCGCUGCUGCAAUUUGCUGCUGCUAGAGUCCGUUUCAGGACGCUGCGGGGCUGGUUCUGCUCUCUUGCUCCCAGGUGGGGAGGCUCCAGCUGCUUUGAAGUUCAUCUAAACGGCACCUUGACCUCAAAGAACAAACCAACUGGACCGGUGUCUACAAGCAUGGAGGUGCCUCUCAUGUUAUCAAGGUUUCCCUUCCAGUUCCAGAGUCUUCCAGAACUGAUGCUCUUCCCCCUGGUGGUGAUGUUGCUACAGACCAGGAGUAGUCAUGGCAGCCUACCUUUCUACAAUGGCUUCUACUAUGACGGACCCAUGAAUGAUAAAGGUGAUGAUCAAGGUCUGCUCAACGGUGUCCGACUGACGGUUGAGACCUCCGACGAUGCCGUCUCCACCCAGCGAGGUGCCAACGUUACACUGCCCUGCCAUUAUCACUACGUGCCUAAACUGGACGUCCCUCGCAAGAUCCGCAUCAAAUGGUCCAAGCUGCGGGAGGACAACUCUAAAGAUCGAGACGUGUUGGUGGCAUCUGGGCGAAAUCACCGCAGCUUUGGCGAGUUCCGUGGACGGACUCAUCUCCAGCAAGAGUCUGCUGAUGAAGCCUCGCUGGUGAUCAAUGACCUGCGCUUGAAUGACGCUGGGAAGUACCGCUGUGAAGUCAUUGAUGGUCUGGAGGAUGAAAGUGGGACCGUGGAUCUAGAACUGGAAGGAGUGGUUUUUCCGUACCAGCCUCCCCAUGGGCGCUAUAAGCUUAACUUCCACGAAGCCAAGAAGAUCUGUGAAGAUCAGGAUGCAGUAAUAGCCUCCUUUGACCAGCUUUUCAACUCCUGGUUAGACGGCUUAGACUGGUGCAAUGCUGGCUGGCUGAUUGAUGGCACAGUCCAGUAUCCUAUCACGGUACCCCGGGAACCCUGUGGUGGGCAUCACCUGCAGCCGGGUAUCAGAAGCUAUGGAGAGCGUCACAAGAACCUCCACCACUUUGAUGUCUUUUGCUUUUCUUCUGCUCUGAAAGGGACUGUCUACUAUCUUGAUCACACUAAGAAGUUCACCUUAGAAGAAGCCAAGCAAGCGUGCCAAGAUGACAAAGCCGAAAUUGCCAAGGUGGGCCAGCUCUACUCAGCAUGGAAGUUCUUGGGCUUGGACUGCUGCAAUUCUGGCUGGUUGGCGGAUGGCAGUGUGCGCUACCCCAUCACUUCUCCCCGACCCAACUGCGGCCCACCAGAACCAGGAGUCCGAAGUUUUGGCUUUCCCCAAACUGGGAAAUUUGGAGUCUUCUGUUACAAGAUGAGCUAAGGAAAAGCUUCCUUCAUCAGUGGACGGUGUCCUUUUUAUCACCGCCUAGAGUUUAUUAUUUAAAGGGCAAGUCUCUUUGGGGUGAGUGGGGGGGAGGAGGUCUGUUUUAACUGUAUGUUUUCAAGUUUCUGUUUUCUUAAAACAAAACAAAACACUCACACACUUUUGUAAUGAAACAGAAAAUGCUGUACAAGCUGUGAUGUGGAAAUUGAGUUGCCUUAGUCCUGACUGGAAGAGCUUCCAGCCUUCGAUGCCCAUUUAAUCAUGUGGUCGGACAACCUGAGCUUAGGGAUGUGGGGGGCCCCGUGCAUGCGAGAAGAUGCUCGUCUGAUUAUGAUGGGGUUUUUUUGUUUUUUGCAAUUUCAUGGUAUUUUUUGCUCCUGCCAACAUCUGUCAGUGAGAUUAGGCAUGCCAUCUGAAGUACCGGUUAGGCAGCUGUUGUAAUAACUCUCUGGAGAAAGGAAUACCUGCUCCGGUGUGAAAUCCCCAAUUCUUAGUAGCAUGUGAUCUCGUCUUAAGUGGUCCAAUAUUUACAACUUUCAAAGCGAAAUGGCUAUUCUCAGGGCAAAAAUGGAUCCAGAAGGGCCCGUUUCUCUGUAUCUUUUCUCCUGUUCUUCAGGCUGUCGAUAUGAACGGAGUGGGGGGUGGGGAGGGAAAUUGCAAUUCCUUCUGUUUAUUGAUGAACUGGACUUAGUUCCGUACUGAGCAGUGCCUGUGAUGUCACCCAGUCAUCCCCUCCCUCUUUUUAUAAAGCGAGGAGAAAGUGGAAUGGCUGGGUUUAUGCAAUAAGCUUUGCUGUCUUGUAUUUUGUUUGGUUUGGGCAUAGAUUGUUGUGCAAACCCAACCUUUUAGUAAACCGUAGUUAAACUACGGCUUGGAGUAAUGUAUGAAUCCAGGUUUCCAUCUUUGUAAAACCCUACAUUAUAAAAAAUUAAAAAGGCACGCGGUUCAGUGGCUAAAACGCUGAGCUUGUCGAUCGAAAGGUCGGCAGUUCAGCAGUUCGAAUCCCGAGUGCCGCCUAACGGGGUGAGCUCCUGUUCCUUGUCCCAGCUUCUGCCAACCUAGCAGUUCGAAAGCAGGUAAAAAAUGCAAGUAGAAAAAGAGGGACCACCUUUGGUGGGAAGGUAACACCGUUCUGUGCGCCUUUGGCAUUGAGUCAUGUUGGCCAAAUGACCACGGAGACGUCUUUGGACAGCGCUGGCUCUUCAGCUUUGAAACGGAGAUCAGCAUCGCCCUCUAGAGUCGGGAACGAUUAGCACAUAUGCGCGAGGGGAACCUGUACCUUUACAUAAAAAAAACCUCCUCUAAUUUAGAGGUAGACCAGUUUGAGCAGAAAACAAAGUACCAUUUACAAUCUUGCUGUAAGGGUGGACAAAUCUGAACCUGGGUGAACGCAUCUCACUAAGCCAUAUUGUUUUCUCAGUUUUUGCAUGCAGAACAAGCAAAACUCUGUUGGGACAUUCAACCAAACCGUUAUUUUGGAGAACAAUUGCCUCCAUACCUUUUGUAUUGUCAAAUGUGACUUGAACACUGUCUUGGGUGUGUGUGUGUGUCUAAAGAUGGGGUUUCUGGAAUAUCUGCUAAUAAAACUUGGAAGACACCACACAAAGAAGUAA